AGCGACGGCGCACGGAUGGAUGGAGCGUUCCCACGAGCCACGGAUGUUCCGCUAUGUUUCUGAUCCGCAUCUCGGCUGAACCCCCGCGCCCGGCCGGUGCCCGCCUCCAGCCUCUCCCAUGGGCUCGCCAGUAUCGUUUGUUUUAUCCAGGAUGGCCGCUUGUGGAGGCACCACCAAAAACAGGCUCACGGUAAACAAGCACGUCUGGGACUUCCUGACCAAGGAGAGCUCUGCCAAGCUGGUCAAGCUGAAGGAAGAGAACAAGGUCAGCGUCCUGAUCGAUGGGGAAACCUCCGAGAUCUACGUCCUGCAGAUCACAAUGCCGGCCAACGGGCCCAGCAACGGCCUCUACCUGGCCCGCAAGGCCCUCAAGGCCCUGCUCAAGGAGACGGAGAAAGAGCUGAAGAAGGCCCAGCGCCAGAGCGAGCUGAUGGGCUGCAUGGAGCACGGGGGGGUGGAGCUCCACCGCCGAGGGGCCGCCUUGAUCUCCAGGGGCCAGCAGACCUCUGGGCCGAGAGUGGGCGGCGGCGGAGGGGUCGCCGGCUGCUCGCGGGGAGGGGAGGAGGAACAGGACAGCCAAUGCCCCAUCUGUUUGGGGGAGAUCCAGAACAUUAAGACUCUCGAGAAGUGCAAGCACUCCUUCUGUGAGGACUGCAUCACCCGGGCGCUGCAAGUCAAGAAAGCCUGCCCGAUGUGCGGGCGCUUCUACGGGCAACUGGUGGGCAACCAGCCUGAGAAUGGGCGCAUGCUGGUCUCCAAGGACUCGAGUCUGCUGCUCCCGGGUUACGAGAAAUACGGCACCAUCAUCAUCCAAUAUGUCUUCCCUCCCGGGAUACAAGGAGUGGAGCACCCCAAUCCUGGAGUCCGCUACCCUGGCACCACCCGCGUCGCUUACCUGCCCGACUGCCCAGAAGGCAACAAGGUGCUGGCGCUGUUCCGCAAGGCCUUCGACCAACGCCUCACCUUCACCAUCGGCACCUCCAUGACCACCGGCCGCGCCAACGUCAUCACCUGGAACGACAUCCACCACAAAACCAACUGCACCGGAGGACCGCAGCUGUUCGGCUAUCCUGAUCCCACAUAUCUUGCCCGGGUGCAGGAGGAACUGCGGGCCAAGGGUAUCACCAAUGACUGAGCUUUGCUCCCUGCUGCCCUGUGUCUGCCAACGGCACCUUCGUUUCUGCCAGG